CACCCCAAGUAUAAAUACACAAUCUGAAUGCAUUCCUCAAAUUCACAAAACCAACAAAUGGAAGCUCUCAAAGCUUCCUGUUUCCCUUCACUUCAAAUCCCAAGAACACUGUGCAAAACCCAUAUCUUUCAUUUUCAAUUCUGUUCAAAACCCAGUUUAUUUAUCCAAUCAAUUAACAAAAACACAUCAAGAUCCAAGCUUCUCAAUACCUUAUCAUCAACAGCAACAGCAGCAGCAGGAACCAUUUCGACAGAAUCCACAAACCCAAAUGACCCUAUUUUUGAAUCUGAUAACCAAGGAGAGAAAUUUGAUUGGUUCUCUCAUUGGUAUCCAAUAAUGCCAGUAUGUGACUUAGAUAAAAGAGUGCCACAUGCAAAAAGAGUGAUGGGCCUUGAUGUCGUUGUUUGGUGGGAUAGGAAUGAGAAUUCUUGGAAAGUGUUUGAUGAUGCUUGUCCUCAUAGAUUGGCACCAUUGUCUGAAGGAAGGAUUGAUCAAUGGGGAAGAUUGCAGUGUGUGUAUCAUGGUUGGUGUUUUAAUAGUUCUGGUGAUUGCAAAUUUAUUCCUCAGGCACCUCAAGAUGGUCCUCCGGUGCACACAUUCAAGAAAGCAUGUGUUGCUGCUUAUCCAAGUACCGUACAGAAUGACAUCGUAUGGUUUUGGCCGAACACCAAUCCUGAAUACAAAGAUAUCCUUUCCAAGGAAAAACCCCCAUAUUUUUCGGAACUGGAUGAUCCAUCUUAUACAAAGUCUAUGUCAUGUAGAGAGUUUCCUUUUGGGUUUGAAAUCUUGAUUGAAAAUCUAGUGGACCCAGCUCAUGUCCCAUAUGCACAUUUUAAGCUGCUGCCAAACCCACCUUCCAAGAACAGUGUUAAGCUUGAUAGAGAAGGAGGAUCACCAAUCAAUUUGAACAUAGAAAAGUUAGAUAAAAAUGGUUUCGUUUCUACUCGAUUUGGAGGAGAUAGUAAAUUUCUUUCACCUUGUACGUAUUAUUCAGCCUUUGGACUUCCAGCUCCAGCAAAGGCAGGUAACGCAGAUGAAGGUAACGGAUCAAUGUCAUCAGUUGGAAACAGUAAGGAGCCAUCGUCAAAUGUGCCACAGCGACGAGGGGUUCUUCUUUUUCUCUGUGUUCCAGUUGGCCCGGGUAAAAGCAGAUUAAUAUAUGCAUUCCCUAGAAAUUUUGGAGUUUGGAUUGGUAGAAUCAUGCCAAGAUGGGUGUCCCAUUUGGUGGAAAAUCUGGUUCUAGAUUCAGACUUGUAUCUUCUUCACUUAGAGGAGCGUAAGAUAAUGGAUAUUGGCCCAUCGAAUUGGCAAAAGGCUUGUUUUGUGCCAACAAAGUCAGAUGCUCAAGUGGUUGCUUUCAGAAAGUGGUUAAAGAAGUACUCAGAUGGUCAAAUUAACUGGGGAGGGAAGUUCAAUGGAGCACUUCCCCCAUCUCCGCCGAAAGACCAACUGAUGGACAGGUACUGGUCGCAUGUGGUAAACUGCAGUAGUUGCAGUCUUGCAUACAAACGUCUCAAUGCGCUCGAGGUAGCUCUGCAGAUCAUCUCCAUAGUUUCAAUCGGUAUCGUCGCAGCAACCAAGCAGAGCUUAACAUCUGCAGUUACAAGAACUGCAAUUGUCCUGAUUGCAGUGCUAUGCUUUGCAGCUUCAAGAUGGCUGGGCCAUUUCAUUUAUAAAAGUUUCCAUUUCCAUGACUACAACCAUGCACUGCUCUGAUAUAUUGUUAUUUCACACACUGCUGCUCGACAAUGGGAACACUUGUGUCAUCACAAGUUCAGAACACUCAGGCUAGAUAGAGCUGGUGUACAUGUAUGUGUGCAUGAAUAGGAAGCAAACUCUGAAGGAUACAGGAAGCAGAACUCAAAGAACAUAGUAUAUUAUUGUUGCUGUGGUGAGUACUGUUUUGUAUAUAUCUGUUUUACAUUCUGAAAAGAGCGGAAAGGAAAGAAAAGAAAAGAAAAAAAAAAAGGAUGAAAAGGAGGAAAGGGAGUUAAGAAAACAAAACAAUUUAGGCUCCAUUUGUUUCUGAAAAAAUAGAAGAAAAAACCUAUGCUCUGUUUGUUUUGCAGA